UCGAAUACCCAAUCCUGGCCACACUUGAAGUACGAAUUCUUGCAGCCAGAUAAAAUUAGGGAUGCCAAAAAGCGUUCGCCUGAACACCCUGAUUAUGAUCCAAGGACUCUUUAUGUUCCCCAAGACUUUUUAGAUCAAAAAACUCCUGCUAUGCGUCAGUGGUGGAUUUUAAAAUCUGCUCACUAUGACUGUGUACUGUUGUUUAAAGUAGGAAAAUUUUAUGAGUUGUAUCAUAUGGAUGCUGUAAUAGGAGUCAAUGAAAUGAAUUUAUCUUUUAUGAGGGGAGAGCUUCGAGGACAGUUUGCUCUCUCAGGUUUUCCAGAAAGCGCGUAUGGACGUUGCUCAGCAGGUCUUAUUGAAAGAGGCUACAAGGUAGCAAGGAUCGAACAGACAGAAACUCCAGAAAUGGCAGCUAAACGAUGCGCUCGAAUGAAAAAAUCAACUAAAUUUGAUAAAGUCGUUAACCGUGAGAUCUGCCAGAUCAGCACAAGAGGAACGAAAAUCUACACGGCUCAAGACACUGAGGCAGCAGCACCCACGUCAAGUUAUUUGCUGUCUAUUGUCGAAAAACAAACUACUGGCUUGCCUUCUUAUGGAGUUUGUUUCAUCGACACCUCCAUUGGUGAAUUUCAUCUCGGUCAAUUUCAAGAUGAUCGAUGCAACUCGAGACUAUUAACUUUAAUUGCUCACCAUCCACCUGCUCACAUUGUUUAUGAGCGAAGCAACUUAUNACGUUAGAACGCUUUCAACCACGAACAAGCCAAAAAAGAGGGCUUCAUCAUCCCUAAACACGGCGUCGAUCGAGAAUACGAUGAGGUUUUGCUAGAAUUAGCUCAGAUUAAAGAGGAGUCUGAUGCUUACUUGAACAAACAGAAGAAACAUUUUGGUGACCAAAUUGAAUACUGUGGUGGCAACAAAAAAAGAUUCCAAAUCAAGAUCCCUCUUAGUCAAAUAAACAAAAUUGACCAUAGCUACGAAUACCAAGGUUCGAAAAAAGGAUUUAAAAAUUUUUCCACGUCAAAAACUAGGGAAUUCCUCGCCAGACAGAUUGCCGCUGAAGAACAAAGAGACAAAAUCUUAGGGGACAGUAAUCGCAAAAUUUUUGCCAAGUUUAGCGAAGAAUUUGAAAAGUGGAACAUUGGAAUUUAUAAUAUUGCUGUUCUCGACUGUUUGAUCUCCUUGACGGAAUAUGCCCGAACCUGCGAUGUUUGCAUUCCGACUGUUUAUGAUGACACGGACGGUGAUGAGAUAAUGAUUGAAAUAAGAGAUGGAAAACACCCGUGUAUACCGUCCAACAACUUUAUCCCUAAUGACACUUUAAUUGCUACGAAAGAAACUGCUCCAUUAAUACUCUUAACAGGUCCCAACAUGGGUGGUAAAUCUACGCUUAUGCGGCAAGUUGGACUCAUCACAGUGAUGGCACAAAUUGGAUGCCACGUGCCUGCAAGCGCUUGUCAAUUAACACUCGUCGAUCGCAUAUUUACCCGUCUUGGAGCAAACGACGAUAUUAUGGCUGGUCAAAGUACAUUCCUGGUUGAGUUGAGUGAAACUGCAGCUAUACUACAACAUGCAACAACUCACUCGCUCGUUCUUUUGGAUGAAUUGGGCAGAGGCACAUCCACUUACGAUGGAACGGCUAUCGCGGCUUCAGUGGUCGAUGCUCUUACAAAGAAAAAGUGCAGGACACUUUUCUCAACUCACUAUCAUUCUCUUGUUGAAGACUUCAAAGACAGUGCCAACGUUUCUUCCGCUCACAUGGCUUGUAAGAUAGAGAAUGAGGACGAAGGUGAAGUUACGGAACAAAACGUGACUUUCUUAUACAAGCUGAGCCAGGGUGCUUGCCCCAAAUCCUAUGGCUUCAACGCUGCUAGACUGGCUGGCAUACCUGCACACAUAACUAAGCGAGCCCAGGAAAUAGCAACUAAACUAGAAAACGAAGUAAAUCUUCGACACGCCUUUACUACUCUUUGUAAAAUCAACGACGGCUUGUCCAUGAAAAGCGUACUUAAGAGUUUAACGACUCUUUAAAAAUUAUUUGUUACCGUUCGUGUCGUUCUAUUUUGUAGUUGUAUAGUCUUGUACUAUUUGGAUUUAUAUUUUUGUACUCAUGAAUGAAUUCCUGAAUUUAUUGGUUCCUACUUAAUGUUUUACUUACAAAAAUAACCAUAUGAAUAUGAAGUUACUCAUUAAUAAAACUUCAAUGUUGAAAUAAA